GUGGUUGGUACCCGGGCCACAGCAAUCAUGGUAAAUUUAAUUCAGAUGGUGCAUGACCACUGGGUUGAUAUCCUGAACCCUAUGGGAUUUGUCGUUGGAUGCUAUCUGGACAGAAAGAAUGAUGAAAAACAUAUUACCUUCCAGAAUAAGAGUUCAUUGUUUAAAAGGGAAUUGAGACCCAGUGAGGAAGUUAUCUGGAAGUGA